AUGAGAACACGUGGUAAAUUAGACAAUGCGAAAGAUGCUAUGAAGAAUUGCAAAAGGCAUAUAAAAAAAGAAAAAAAAUUUAAAAGACUACAUUCUGUAAAGAUGGCACUAGAUGUUAGUACUAUUAACACGCCAAACGCUAUGUCUUCCUUGCUAUAUCCAUAUAUGCUGAUCGGUGGAGCCGUAAGCUACGUCGCUGGCAAACAAGCAGUUCGCACAAUUUAUUGGCGAACGGCGAGUGAUGGUCGCCUGUUGAAGACAGCGAAAACCUGCAUGUUCCAAGGUCCUCCAAAACCAGCACCCUCCUCGACGUCCGCUAAGACGGCGUUCGAGGGUCAAUCCCAUAUGGACCCUAUAUCAAAAGACAUCUUCAACUAUAGAAAUUAGGUGGCAAUUAACAUGACAAUGAAUCAAAUAACCGGGGGUUGCGGGAGGGAGGGUGGAAGAAUAAAAAGAUCUUCGGGGUUGGCGACUGCAUUUUGUAAAUAGUUUUUAAUAAUUUAAAACGAUAUUUGUAUAUGUUAGUCGUAGUUUCAUUUGUAUAAUAUAAUUAUAGCAUAAAAUAUAUUU